AUGGCGGCCAUAUUUCUCGUUCUUCUUUUACUUGGGCAAAACACAAUAACAGACAGCUAGAGAUACAUGCUUACAUUUAUAUAGAGAGUGGUAGUGUGUGUGUGUGUGAGUGAGAGAGAGAGAGAGAGAGAGAGAGAGAAUGGGGCAGCAUUCAUGUUGUAACCAACAGAAGGUUAAAAGAGGGCUUUGGUCACCUGAGGAAGAUGAAAAGCUCAUUAGGUUCAUCACAACUCAUGGCUACGGCUGCUGGAGUGAAGUCCCUGAGAAAGCUGUUUCAGGGCUUCAAAGAUGCGGAAAGAGUUGUCGAUUGAGAUGGAUAAACUAUUUGAGACCAGAUAUCAGAAGAGGAAAAUUUACACACGAUGAAGAGAAGUUGAUCAUCAAUCUCCACAGCGUUGUCGGAAACAAAUGGGCCCACAUAGCAAGUCAUUUGCCCGGAAGAACAGAUAAUGAGAUCAAGAAUUAUUGGAAUUCUUGGAUCAAGAAGAAGAUUAACCGGAAGCCCUCAUCAACAAGCAUGAUGACACGUCUAACUACAACUUCUACAAGCAUAGAUCAACCACAUUCUGACCAUGGGUACAACCCUACCAAUUUGAGUUUCUUGAAUCAAGAUUUGUGCAUCAACAACAUCAAGCAACCAAAUCAAGAAACAGUAUUCUCUUCUCCUUUGAGCUCAUUAUUCAUGCUUGACACAAGCGGUUCCGUACUAGAAGGCCACAAUGGGGAUUGCAUUACACAAACCGAGUAUUUCAAUGACUCGAUGUGGCAAAUGAACAAGUAUCAAAUCCCCGAAUUGCCCUCACAAGUGCUAAACUUUGCCUCAAAUAACAGCAUUUAUUCAGGCUAUUUGCCACCAUUAAUGGAGAAUUUAGAUGGCAUGGUGCAGGGACAAAAUUGCGAUUUGAACAAUGGGGAAGGAAGAGAGUGUUUAAUUCAAAAGCAACAUGAUUUUAAUGAAUGGGUUGAGGAUCAAACAAAUCAGCAAUGUCCAAGCUAUUUAUUUUGGGACGAUGAACAUCAAGAAGUACAGCUUGGUGGUGAAGAGAUUGUUGUACAUUCUGCAUCAAACAUAGGACCUACAUUAUCUACGUAUCCUACAUCAUUAUAGAGAUUGCCAUGAAAAGGGUUUGACUGUUUCUUCAUUCUUUGACUUUUUUAUUUUUUUUAAUUUUUGUUUUGUUUUUUUGAUUGGUGAGAGUUUGCAACGAGCGAAAAUACAUAUGCAUGCAAGGAUUUCUUUUGGUUAUGUAUAAAGAAUGACAUGACAAGAAAAAAUUACAACUUACAAAAGUAUGGUACUGUAUAAACAUUAUAUUAAUUUGAACAGUGC